CGGAACUGGGUUGGUGUACAGCAAAUUUAUCAAUUUGCAUCCUCAAUGGAAAGUUGUUGAGUGCUCGUUUUUUUUUCUUACUUCUUCAUACACCGUUUAUGGAGUGUUGGGAGGAAAUGUGGAUUUUCUCUGUGGCAUAGGAAAAGUCAAUUGCCUUUGCAGAAACAAAAAAUUGAAGAAAAAAAAAACAUUUUUGUGUGUGCUUUGUGCAAGAGACGGAAUAGGGUGAAAGAAAUGAAUUUAGCAGUGUGGUUAAAAGUGUUGGAAGGAAGUUAAAAAUAUUUUUUUUUUUAAAGAAAAAAUUGCAAUUGCAAAUACCAAGAUAGUAGCAAUAAUGUGGCAAAGGAGCUAAAUAGACAAAAAUUGUGAAAGAAGAGAGAUUUUACAUCAAAAUUAUCGCACAUUUUCUCUCUUUUUCACAAAAAAACCAAACCUUUCCAUACCCUACCCUUCCCUGCCCCAUAUUUCUUCAUUUCGCCCUGGAUUUAAAACUCUACAAAGUAAAUUAUCCAAACAACAAUCCGAAGGAAUUAAUUAAAAAUUGAAAAACCUUCUUGUACAUGUGAUACAUUUUUAAAAAUAUGGGAUUUCUCUAUGAGACUCUUUCAAUUCUGGUCAUCAUCAAUCUCUGUGGAUUAUCUCAGCAACAGGAUCAACAGAAUUACUUCUAUACACAGAAUCAAGGUCGAUUUAUACCAUCGUACCAGCAAAAUCCACGCAAUAGCGGAUACUUUGGGCAGGCAGCACAACCGAGGAAUCCCCAGCCUGGCUCCUUUCAAGAGCAAACCCUCUAUGUAGGAGCCACCGGAGGAAAUACUGGUCAGGGAGGUGGACAACUGCCACCAGAUUCUAGUACGUCGGCGUAUUUCCCGUUUCAGCCAUACACAACAACGCGACAUCCGGAACUGUUUGAAAUCUCCCCAAGACCCUUCUCCGGGCAGGCGUUGAGGAAUAAUGGCGGAUUUCAGUACCAGCGGAUACCACCGACACCUCCAGCUGCUCCUGGUGCAGUUCCCCUACCACCUCAACCCCUAGUUCCUGACUUUCCACCCCGAAAUCUUCCACCUCACCAAGCUGCUGAUCUCUUUCUCAAUCAAAUUGGAUUGGAACAGGGUCAUCCUGGUGAUAUUCCCAACACCCGACAAUUCUCACGUGGCCAACAGUAUCGUCAGGAGGCAGCUGUGAAUCGCGAUGUCAGCCCACCAAGUCGAACUGAUAAAGCCACAAAUACAAGAAAUUCAGGUGCCUUCAAGGCGUCCGUAGCCGAUGAUUACCUUACUAGUCAUGAGGAGACAUUUAGGAGUAGGAAUAGAUAUCGAGGAAAUGGCGUGAGUACAACUGAAGUUCCAGUGGAGACAAGUAAAAAUGUCAGGGGAAAAGCAACAAAGAGAAUACCACCCGAUGCCAUAGAGCUCACCCGAAAAGCACCACCAGCACGAACACUCCAGAAGGAGCUCCUACUCAAUGAGCAACUCCUUCGAUCUCGACCAGUACCCUAUGAUCAGCCAGAAGCCACACCCUUCCCCAAACACCCGGAACCACCAAAAAUCAACAUAAGUCACAACGGGAGCACAAAGCAAUCAAAUGAACUGCCAACGCUUGAAGAAAACUAUCCGGAUUACUACUACGACACUGGAGAUGAAAGUUUGAUGGCCAAGAUCAAGAAUCCCAAUGUAUCCCAGCCACAGGUUGAUCCUCAACCUGAGAAACCGGCCGAGAAGAAGCCCGAAAUAAAGGAAGAAUCAACAUCGCAGGAGCAAAUCAAUCCAAAUGUCUAUGUACCAAAUAUUCAGAGUCUUCAUGACACCAGCAAACACAUCCGGGACAACAAAGCUUCCCUGGAGGAAAAAUUGAAUGUUCCAAAGGCUACAGAAGCUCCUAAAACUGAAAUUGUCACGGAGAAGGAAGAGAGUCCUGAAGAUCAUACUGUUAUCCUAACGUCCAAUUUCUAUCUCCCUGAGAACUUCCCGAAAGACGAAGUUGUUGAGGACAAUCAGAAUUCGGACAAUACUUCACAGACCGUUCCGGAAGAAGAUGAGGAAUACGAAUACGAAGAUUAUGGGGAAGAUGAAGAAGAUGCAAACAUCCCUCAAAUCACCACUGCGAGUCCCACAGUGGAAACAACCACUGAGAAAUCUGAUGGAAUCCUCGGAGAAGCUGUAAUCUCUGUGGUGACAACAAGAAGCACAAUGAACGGAAGCACGGGAAGCACAGACGCCGAGGAAUCAGAAACCCCUUCGAACAUCGCUUCUCCCAUCAAUUCCGAAAAUAUGUCCACAACAACAGAGAGUUGGGUGGUAAUAGCCUCAGUCCAGACCAGUAGAUCAGUAUCUGGUGCUAGAUUCCUCCCCUUCCCACAAGUUGAGCAGGAAGAGAAGAAGCAGGUACUGUCAGAUCUGGACAAAGAGCAGAAAUCCGAAGAAGAUACCCUCGAUGAUGAUUUACUGGAGAGAAAUAUCGGAAAUUCCACUCCGGAUCAAGAUGACGAAAUCACAACGAUUCCCAAUACUGAAGAACCCAAAACUGAUUCUACCCCGGAAGCCACUUCUCAUUCAUCUUCAGCUUCCCAUGGAUCCCCACAGUCAACUGAGAGUAUCAUCGACAAACUCGAUAGGGUGCAGUCUGAACUCUCAAGUGGCGUUCUAACUGGCAAAUUUCCCAUUCUCAAUGAAACCCUCGAGGACAUCACCACAAAGUCCACACCCUCGGUUAUCGUGAAGAAAUUCAGUCCAAGAACAACAACAACCACUCCCACACCAACGACCACAGCCAAGAGGCCAGAGAUAAAGAAACUCGUUUUCGACAGUCUCCCAAUGGACGAUUUGGCUGCUCUCUUGCCAGCCGGAUACAAGAGUCGUGCCAGUUACAAGAAUAAGAAAAUAACCACAACAACAGCAGCCCCGGAAGUUAAGACAACAGCCGGAUUGGCCUCUCUCAUGAACAAUAUUCUCGUGAAAGAUGUUAGUGUUUUGGGAUUGCUACCCAAGGACUACAAAGUCAACGUGACAACAACCCAGGAACCUCCGAAAUCUCCAGCUGAUGUGAUUCUGCAGAAGGCUCAGAAGGUGGACAUUAGUGCCUUCCUGCCUUCUGGCUAUCUCGCCAGCUCAACGACUCCCAAAGUCAACACGAAGAAACCUCUAACGGUUACCGUGGAGGACGAUAUCAGUAAAUUCCUUCCACCUGGUUACAAACUCCCCAAAACCACCAAGAUGCCAUCAACGACUUCAACAGCUGCUCCUGCCAUUCCCAUUGUCGACGACAUCAGCAAAUUCCUCCCACCAGGAUUCAAAUUCAACGAAACGAAAGUCGAAGCUGUGGACAUUUCGAAAUUCCUUCCUGCUAACUAUACAGAGAAGCCUAAGGAGGUCAUCACCCCUCCACCGGCUUCAUCAUCCACCACAGUCGCUCCCAAAGUAGUCUUUCCCAGUCGUCCGGGAUUCCUAGCCAAGAAGCCCGGUCAGAGACCGACAACCGCCAAACCCGUAGAACUUGCUGGACCUGCAGCUCCCGACGUUACCAUUAGACAUGGACCUCCCACGAGAGCGACAACUGAAUUCACUGGUUGGCCAACACCCUCAACCACUCCCUUGUCCAUUGAGAAGAUCCUCGAACGACAGCGAACAUCCACAAUCGAUCCUCCGGACUUCUUCUCAGCAUCAACAACAACCCGAACAACAACGACAACAACAACGAAAGCCACAACUCAGAGACCAACAGAACCCAGCGUUUGCCCUUCAGAUUGCGAUCUCGCAGGGACAAUCAAGAUUAUCGGCGGUGUGACGUGGAAGCCCGAACUACUAGACCACAACACAGACGAAUGGAAGAGUCUAGCCCGAGAAAUGGAGACGCAGCUCAACAGUGUCUACGGAAAACACCCUGAACUUAGCAAAUGGUUCCAGAAGGUCCGAAUUGACAGUUUCAGCCAGGGAAGUGUUCUCGUAGACUACUUCGUGGAACUCUCCAACAUGCCCCGCCACAUCAAUACCCUAGAACUCAAGAAACUCUUCCACUCAGCUCUGACCACAGUUACCACAGAACCACCCGAAUAUACCACCGAAUUCGAUGCUGAUGCCCAACAGACAGAUUCAGAGUUCGACGACGAAUUCGGCCCAAUUGUCCGUGAACGUGUGAUAGAGCCAAAAGUAGCCACCAAAGAAACUCUCAGGCUUGGACACUUUAUCAUUGAUCCCAUUUCAACGGACUUCAUUGUUCUACAGAAACAAGUGGCCCCCACUGUGGAGUUUGCCGAGGAAAAUCAAUUCCUGCCCCAAUGGGCAAUUGCUGUAAUUGUCAUUGGAGUGGGAUCAUUGCUUUUUGUAAUUGUCUUCGGAGUCACAGUGCUCCUCAAUAGGAAGAACAAGGCCAAGAAGAAGGCUCCAGCCCCUCUGACGACUGAUAUGCUCAACGAACUCAAUAAGAAUCACAUGGGAGGUGUUGAAAAUUACGGACAUGAAGAAUUUUACAACAUAGAAGACACGUGGGACGAUGAAACAGAUACCAGACAUCACGAUGGGAUCAAAUCGAAGCGCUAUGGACAUCCAAUGCACAACAGUACGCAGUCCAAUAUCUACGAUAGUUGGCGAUCGCAGAGGCAUCCUGGCUACUACUACGACUCCCAUCCGAACUAUCCGCAGAAAGUGGGUCCGUAUCCAGCGGACGCCUUCAUGGACUAUCAUCAGGCUCCCACGCAACACAACAGCAUGCCGAUGUACACGUACAAUCCUCGGCGGUAUCGAGACUACGACGAAGACUUUUAGUCCAAGAGACAUCCAAAAUUUUGAGUGAAUGAGCACUUUUUGACUUCCCAGCCACGGAGAAGAAAAUCCAAGAGAUUGCGAAUGAUGUACUUUGUAGAGUAAUUCUUCUAAUUUAAUAAUAUAUUAUCUAUUGACUCGAAUAA